CCCAUUUCUCUUCCGCAAGUUGCAGCUGUUAUCUUCAAGGGUUGGAGGUAACGCUAACAGUACAUACACAAUCGCCGCAGAGCCGACAUUAAAUUCGGAUUCCGCGUAAUAUAAGACUACGGGGAAAACUUCAAUUUGUGUUUUGUUCAUUCGGUUUGUGUUUUACCCUCGGCGGUUGAGAGUGCAUCAUGUCGGCGGUCCAGCGGAUGAAGGUUGCCAACGAAAAGCACAGCAAGACUAUCACACAGCGCGGACACGUCCAGAAAACGACGAGAGUGGUUAACGAAGAGAAGUCUCCAGUUGGACCCUGGCUCCUGGCGCUGUUCGUUUUCGUGGUGUGUGGAUCUGCCAUUUUCCAGAUCAUCCAGAGCAUCAGGCAGGGCUUGUGAUGGCCGUGCGUGAGAAGCUGCCGCUGCCAGCCGCGAAGAACCAGCUGACCCUUCAGCGCCUCGAUCCGCUUGGAACUACAGCCCAUCUCCCUCGUCCCUCUGCCUGGUUAAAUAUUUUAUCCUUAACUUACUUUUGCUCCAGUUUACUAUGAGUAGUCUUACAUUUUACAAACUGUGAAAUAGACCAGUUUUUUUCUCAGCAAUAUUAUGGUAAAACUGUAGGUGGUAGGCUUAGAUUGUGAUUCUCAACCCUGGCUGUUGAGCGGAGGUUAUGAAUUUUGAUUGAUUAUGAAUUUAGGAGCCUGUGAAUGGUGUGGCUUCUGAGGCAUUAUUGGUGGAAGGAAGCUAAUAUGGAAGACUUGGACAUCAGAUGUUCUCUGAAGUGAUGCCCGGCCCAGCUAGGAAGUCGGUGUAGCUGUAGCUGCUUUAAGGCCACUGUCAUCACCAAACCAGCUCUCCGUUCCUCCUCAUUUCAAGCUCAAAAAUGUCAUUCUGGCCAUGUAACCAUUCAGUACAGUAUCAAACGUCUCCAAAAAUAGGGUAGUGGGGUGGGUUUGGUGCAGGGUUUGAAAACUCAAUCCAUUGAUAUGGAUUUCAGUUGCUCUGUCUAUCCGCACUCAUCUGUCACAAAACCUCCGGGGAAAAGCCAGGGCCAGGGUUGAGAGCCAAAUCCCGAGUUUACAGAAAUGCAUCUUUUCCAGUUGAUUUAUUCGCCUCUGUACUGUAUUUAAGUACUUCUCUCUGCAUUGCCAUUUCAUACCAAGCACUUACCUGAACACAUUUUACAUUUGAUCUUUCUGUAUAAUACACCAAGUAUAUAAGCUUUUUAUAAACUUCAUUCAGAGUUUUCCCCACUCCUAGAAAGGCGAUUGUAAUCUUCAGAAAAUUUUGUCUCUAGGUUAGUACCAGGCAUUAUCCGGAAAUUUUCACACAUGCAUUCUAAGUAAAUUGUUUCCCCAGGACAUACAGUAUGGUGCAUAAUUUUUUGAAAUGUGAUGGGUUUGUUUGGAAACAAUUUAUUGGUACAUACACAUUUUAUGUAUUAAAAGGUUAAAAGACAGAGUUGUAGUUUUAUUGUAAUUACUCUGGCUUAUGCCUGUUUAUUAGUUUUAGAAACAUUUUAGAAAACAAUUGAUACCCCUAUAACUUGUAUUUAUCUUGUUUCACAAAGAAAAGCUGUCAAACAUUUAUGUCUGUUGCAGAAUGCAAUUUCAUGAUUGACCAGUUCAGCAGGCAACAGAACCAAGCAUCUGAAUGUGGAGAUAAUGACACUCUGAACAUGAUGAACACAAGAAAUGAGUUCCAUCUGUAAACACAGAUGUAUGUUAAUGGGUCAGUUUAAUUAUAUAAUUGCCUCUCUCCUUUGACUUCAUGAUCUUCCAACAUAUUACACCCCAUCCACCCUGACCCCCAAGUGGAGGGACUGUUGGUUGCAUGUAUGUAAACCUGAUACCCAUCUCUGUGUUCUGUUUGCGAUGAUAGCCUGCCCAGCAGGCAGAUGUGUCGAGUAGGGUGCUUACUUCUCUGCCUGGAAAGGGUUGUGCCGCUUUGGUUUGGUCUGCUAUGUAAAUCAGAUAUUUACGGUUCAGCUCCGGGGCGUUGCUUGCCUGUGACAGGGUAAUCUUUCUGAUCCACUGUCCAGUCACAAUGGCUAAAUUUCACCCUUUUUUGCCCUCGCCCACUAUAUCCCAGAGGUGCUUAUGACUUACAGGCAGUAACCAAGAUGGUUUGCAUAUAACAUAAGCACUGAAAUUACAAGCCCAUUACCCUUUCCAUGCGGAGAUCUUGACAUUUGAUGUUACAGGGGGCAAGACAGUGUUACAGAACUUUUCUCAUUCUCAUACUUUGCUGGACAUCCCCCAUUGCAUCUGUGAUGAAACCAGAAGGUCUGUUAAAUGUUAUGCUUUUUGUUUUUUUUGUUUUUUCCAUUGAAAAAGCGAGUCGUUAGAAGGAUGCGGUGAUGAAAGUGAAACACCUGCUUGUUUCAGCGUCGAUAGCCAUACUGCGACCAUACCACUGCCUCUCACUGGACUGAUGCUAUG